AUUGCAGCUCUCUCCUUCGUGAAGGUCUAAUGCCUUGUUGAUGUGCUUUUCUGGAUCAAUGCAUUUUGUGUGUUGUGUGGUGUGUGUGAAGAGAGUAUGAGAGACAUGGAGCGAGAGGGAGAACGGGCUCGCCCUCUCGGCCAGAAAAAUAAAGGAGUACAUGCGGCCCUGAGAGGAAGAGCCAAGUUAGAAAAAUUAAGAAGAGAAAGAGAGAGAGAGGACACAGUGAAGCACCGAAUCUCUCGCUCCCUCUCCUUUUGGUGGCGAGAGGAACCGCUCCAGCCUCGGAUCUCGCCAUGAAGUACCGUCUUUCCGAUCAUCGCAUCACAUCACUGGCGCCCGCCUCUAUCCG